AUAUAAAUGGAUAUUUUAUUCGGGACCAAGAAAGAAAAGACUGUGUUAAGAGACCCCAGAGAAGCCUUCCAUAGUUCAGAGAAAGUUGUAGAGAAGUUGAUGCAGCCAAUGGAGAAGAUCCAUGUUUAUACGGAAGAUGACCUUAUUAGGUACUUGAGGUUAAGUUUUGACCUGAUAGUUGAGGUUGAUAAGGAGAUGGGAGGGCUAGUUAAGAUGUCAAAUUACCCUAAUUUUGGAGAGAAAUGUGAUGAGUUUAAGAGGUUGUGAGUGGAUAUUAAGGAGCUUGUCAAUAUUUCGGUUGAUAAUUUGGCGCAUUUCAGUUCUUUCAGUCGAUUUGAUGAGCUUAAGCAAGAGAGAGAUAGAGCUGAAGAUGUGUUCUGCAGACUUGGGAUAUUUUGAGAUUCACUCCAUCAUAAACACAAAGAACCAGAUGAGCGAGGUCAUAGAUCUGCACUUGACGAUCAGGACUUGAUAAUGUCUGAAGAUGUCCAUAUUGAUAGUAACGAACUUGAAGAAGCUCACAACAAAGGCAUGUUUGAAGAUCUCUCUCUUGAUUCAGAAGAAAUAAAGGGAUCAAUCGAUACAAACUAUACAGAUCUACUCCCAUCCGACACUCAGAUAAGUUUAAACAAACUCAUAUUGAAAUAAAAUUGACAACAUGAAGACACUUGCUAAAGAAAGAAACCAUCUCCAAGGUACUUUACAUGAACAAAGAGUUAAGGAUAUCAGAGAAGGAAAGUUUAAGAUUUGUGUUCCAGCAGUUGCUCUGAUCUUCAAGUAUAUGGCCGAUCUUUUCAAGAUAAUCAAGAAAACUAUGAAAGAAGCCAUUGAAGAAAGAAAAGAGGGAUCAUUCAAAACUUUCAUGAUCUAUGCCUCCAAAUUUUUGCUGAUUUCUGAAAUGUUAUUUGCGGCUUUUUAUGCUAAAGAUGAUAUGCUUUACAAAGAUAUUUCAGACGAAAGCUGGGAUAUGUUCUUCAAUUUCUAUGAUUGAUAUGAGCCAAAAGAUCUUACUAAGUUCAAUCGCCAGUAUCAGAAUAUUUGUAAUUUCCAAGCCUUGGGUGCUGCUUUCAUAUCAAAAGCAGGUACUCACAGUAACGCUUUUUCAGAGUUUUUGGGGCAGGCAAGAUAUGCUGCAUAUUACCUGUUCUUCAAGAAAGAAAGGAUGGAACAGUUUAACAUGUUCAUGAGUGAUCCUGAUAUUGACUUAUGCCUGAAAAUAUAUAAUAUGCCUGAGACAGCCUUCAUGCAGGCUAUGACUGCGGUAACCUUGCCAAGCAUACAGAUGCACAAGGUUGUGUAUCUUCCAAUGCUCGAAGAAACCAUCACUCUAAGGAAUCUCAAAGAGACUGCCGAGAGCUAUCAAGAUUAUCUAAAGAAGAAGGCACAAGGACUUUUCUACCACGAAAUCUUAUAUGAACAAAACAAAGAGAAGAAAGAGAAGAAGACCAUGACUCUAAAUGAUUUGGUUGGGAAUAGCCUUUUUGCUUCUGCUUCCAUGAGAGUUUGCAGGCAUGAUUUUUCAGAAGAUUUUGAUAAAAAUGAACAGAGUCAAUUCUUAACAGACCCAAGUCUUUACGAUCCAGAAAAGAAUGUAAUGGUCAGGGUGCUCUCUCCAUUCAAACUUCCAGUCAACUGGGAGACCAGGAAGGUUGAUCAGACUAUGAUUGAGCAAGCAAAUAAAAAUCAGGAGGGAGGUUCAUUCUUCUCUGGAGUUAAACAUACUAUUAAGGAACUGAAAGAAGGAUUAGGAAGAAGCAAAAUUUUUAAUUUUUGGAAAUGGGGGACCUCAUCUAAUAGUUCAGAUCAGCAUGGGCCUAAGCUCAAAAAGGAAGCUAAGACUCCAGUGAAAGAAUAUAUCGAUGUUAAAGCAAUUCUGGUUCACAUUCAUGGUGGAGGAUUUGUUUCAAUGAGUAGUUUUUCCCAUCAGGGGUAUACCAGAGAGUAUGCAAAUGGACUAGGAAUCCCUGUAUUUUCAAUCGAUUACAGACUCGCUCCUGAGGAUCCAUACCCAGCUGCUUUGAAUGAUGUCUGGCAAGCCUACUCUUGGUUGGUAACUAACUGCACUACCCAAUUCGGAAUCAAGCCUUCUAAAAUAAUUGUUACAGGCGACUCAGCAGGAGGAAACUUAGCUUGUGCCUUAACAAUGUUGUGCAUUGAGAAGCAUUUUAGAGUUCCAGAUUUUCUUCUUCCUGCAUAUCCAGUGUUGAACAUGUCUUUGUUGAACUUCUCUCCAAGCUUGAUUCUGUCACUUGAUGACUAUAUUUUACCUACAGGUUUUCUAAUGGUUUUUAUUGAUGCUUAUGUUAAAGAUGCUGAUGCUGAAAAUGAUCAUUUCCUAUCACCAGGGAUCUGCCCUCAAAAUGUGUUAGAGAAGUUCCCACCGACAAGAAUAAUGACAGCAGGAAAUGACCCACUAAGAGAUGAGCAAUACAGGUUUGUUUUGAAACUCAUAGACGCAGAUGUUGAUAUCAGAUGCAAAGAAUAUCUUCAUUUCCCUCAUGGAUUUUUGAGUAUGAACCUCCCAGUUGUAGGCCUUGAAGAGUCAAGAAAUUGAAUAGAUCAAGCUAUUGCUUAUUUUAAAGAAAGUUUUGAUAGAGAACCUUUAGAGUGCGAGUGAUCAUCAAACUGCUGAACUCUAGUCGAAGGCAGACCUAUCUGUUGUAAGAAUGUCUUGAAAAGCGCGAAGGAUAAUUCAGAAGGAACAGACAGCGAAGAAGAGCCAUAAAAUAUCUUCAAUUAUAUUAUUUUAAA